AUGAAAGUGGCAGCGAGGGUCCCUGAUCCCUUGCGGCAAAAGUUUCUUCCACUGGAUAACGGUUUCGAAUUGGACUACUCGAAACUCGUCCGUACUCGAAAUGGUUAUGACCUCAACGUAAAGUACUUGAUGGAUUGUUCCGGUGAAUUCACGAAUUUCGUCGCCUUGUAUUGUGCCAACACCUUGUCAAUACAUAAACUUCGUGAAGAUGGAAUGGAAGCUCAUUAUAUCUUCAGUGAAGAGCUGACAAUACAGGAUGUAGAAUAUUUCCGAAGUUCAGACGAAGGAUUUGGGCUUGUUGUUGCGCUUAAUAGCGCUAAAGUUCCCAUCCAUCCUCACUGCGUAGCUCUAUUGCGAUGGACCGGCUGUCAAUUGAAACAAUUGCGGAAAUUGAAGAUUGAAGAGGAGAUUACUUGUCUUAAAGUUAUCGUGGAUGAGCCAAAUAUGAGUCAACUGCAGCCGUUGCUUCAUCCAAGAAUGUCCUCGUGGCCUCAUAUUAUUGCUGUAGGAACUCGACUUGCUCAUUGCUAUCUUCUCCAUUUUCAACUUGCUGAUAGACAUCAGGAUAUUGGAAACACACCUGUGACCGUAAAGCUUACUGAUGGAUUGAAACCGUUCCAUUCUGGGAAUCAAUUUCUAUAUAGCACUGUCGACCCUUCUACGGGACACACAUUUGCAAAAAAAUUGUCUACAGAAUUGGUUGACGUCACUUGCAUAAGUUUUUUGGAGAAAAGUCGCACUGUCUUGGUCGGAUUCUCGUUCGGUGGGAUUAUGACGAUAUCAUUGACCACUUGUCCUACGAUAGAUCCUUUGGUUUAUCCAUGUAGUGCUCCAGUUAAGUUCAUAGCACCGCUAGAACCAGACGACGAUCCGAGAUCGCAUCUGUGGUUUUUCGCUGCAUACGGAACAACCAAGGUGAAGCCAAUCCAACUAUGCUUGUAUGAAGUGAUGUUUCCUGAUGAAGAGGCUCUUCCGUUACAUGAGCGUUCCUGGAAUAGACCCGUCUUCACCAUUAAACUCUUGAUUCCGUUCCACAAUUCCACUCGUUGGAUUUCCAUGCAAAAUUUAGUUCGAGAUCGUGCUGAACUUCGGUGUUCCGACGACUCCACAAGGGAUAGUUUCAGAAAUGGUCCUGAUAAAGACAGAUCGCUAGUAUUCUUUUCCUACAUCGCCAAUGAUAAACAUGGAUCCUGUCUGAUGGGUGGCCUUUUCGACCUUAAUGCAUAUUACUACAAACGCCUUGUGCAAUCUAUCGCUCACGAUGGAACUGCGGCUCAACAGUGUGCAUUUUUAUCUACGGUGCAUCCCAUUCCAAUGCAUCACAAAGAGGAAGACUUCUCUCUGAUAAAGGAUUUGGCCAUUGAUACAACUUGUAUUACUCGUUUUAUAUCCAACGUUAGCGAUGCGGAGCAAAUGUUCUAUCCUUCAGCACUUGAGAUCUCCGUGGUUCAUGUUGCCGGUGCAAAAAAAUGUUAUCAGUUCACUUUGCCCAGUCUUCCAAAUCAGUUACUGUCCACGAUUUGCGCUGAUCUAGAAAUGCACAUGGCAGAUGCUACUUCGGCGUCAUCUUGGCUUUCUGCUCUAGGUUUUUGCAGAAAAGAAGCGCAGCCUAUAACCACAGAUCAGUACAACAACCUAUGCUUUGUUCUGUGCACAUUAGUUAGUCAUCAACGUGCUGUAUCCAUCGUGCAGUUUAUCAAGCUUAGUGAAUCCACUGAACUGCGCCAUCUGAUUGCAUCGUGGAUUUGGGAGGAAAUCGACAAGGCAACCAAAAAAAUGCACGAAACAAUCGAACCGUUGUUUGCAAGAUUUUCUGCACCUCUUUCUCCAGCCGGCCAGAAGUCAUUGGCUCAUGUACACGACGUUUUCGUGGCGGGUUCACAAAUUCUAAGGGAGUUAAUCAACGCCUGUGAACGGGAACAGGAUGAGACGAAGGAGUACAUCACUAGUCUCGAGGUGCAACGUUUUGCAACAGAUAAUCUGAGAUCAUAUUCUGCUCUAAUUCACCAACUAAUUAAAUCGAGAAUCUUGCCUGUAGCUGAAGAUAGGGAGAUUCGGCUAGCUAUGGAAAAAGCCUUGGAAGAACGAAGAUCGAAGGCUUCGGGGCAGCAGCUAUACAUUGACAAGCUCGUCGCUCGCAUGCAGCGUAAGUCACCAAACGAGCCGUUCUGGCUUGCAGAAGGACCAAAGUGGUAUCCACCGGCGCUCUUGAAUUUGCUGGCUCCUAUUUUACUCCUGAAUAUUCCCACUAAAUGGAAAGGACAACUUCUUGCCUAUUACCUUCUGGACUAUUCACACUGCAAGAGAAUGAAUGAUGAUUCUCCCGAUUCUCAUUUAAACCUUGUUGACGUUGUAACAAAACAGAUGCAUGGUCUGCUGGGUAUAAGUAAGGACGAGCUGUGGAGCCUAUACAAGUGUUGGUGCGCUGACAAUGGAAAGCGAGUGAGUGAAGAUACUUCUGGGCAAGGAUCACCAGGCAAACGUCUCUCUGCGCAAUCCGAAGUCAAGCAAAUGUUAAGCAUUCCACGCCCACUUUCUGUUGCUGAAGAAGAGAAGCUUAAAUCUCUUCUGAAGUACGUCCCCUUUGGCGAGUUUGCGUGGCAAUGUUAUCUGGCCAGAAAUAAUCGAUAUGAUCAAUUUGUGGAGUUACCAAUUCCUACAUACGAAAACAACGAAAUAAUUGUGGAAUAUCGACAGUUACUGCCAGUUAUGCGUAUGCUCCGACAAAACAACGCGCCCUCUUCAUCAAAACAAAUCUCAUGGCCGAGUGACCUGAAAGAAAAGAUUGAGAAAUUCGAGCGUGAACGAUGCUCUUCCAUUCAGUGUACAGCCGAUACAGCCAUUUACAAUCGCGGAAAGACUCCAAAGCCUUUAAAUAAACGACAGUCGCAUAUUGAUCCGUCCUCGCGAAAACGUCAACUGGCAGCACCUCUUCAAGAAAUGAAUACGAAUUCUUCAUAUGUCUCUACUGAGUCUGAUAAGACAACGUCUGUGGCGAAGCGUGCGUUGCUAGACCUUAGUGAGGAAGAAAGCGUUUCUCUGCCGAGGGAUAUCCCAACAAAUACUUUGAACACCAUAACGGAUAUUCUGCGAACGCCACAAGCUCGCGCUCGUGCUGCAGCACAAGCAGAAUCUCAGCGAAAGUGGAUUAACAAAACACCAGAAACAGAGUUUCAAAAACCCGCUCCGCGGAGUAUUCUCAAAUCUGCCAAAACAAUUACUGAGCGCGCAGCUUCACCGUCUCGAAAUCGCUUACAGUUUGACCUACCAUCGUCUAGUCAUUCGUCUGUGGAGCAAACUACCACAGCUUCUGAUAGUUCUAAACAGUUGGAGAAAAUGGCUCAGCCCAACUUCGAUGAGUCCUUCGAGUACGAGGAGUACUCUUCAGAUUCUCCUGUAAUAGAAGAAGGACUGGAAGGUGUAUCAGAGGGAUUUAUCCCAUACAUCAGUCCCGAACAUAGAGAUGAUACAGCGGAAGCUCAACUGGAAAAGUCACUCGAAGUCCAAGAUGAAGACGAAAUUGAAGAAGAUGAGGCAAAUGUUUCCGUAGAGCAGCAAGAUGAGGAAGAAGAAAUAGAAGCUGUGCACGUUUCGAAGUUUGUAUUAAAAGAAAAAGACUUACAACAGCACGAGGAGGGUGAGGAACAUGCAGCGAGGAAUAUUACUGUCGAGUACUGCGAGGAACGAAGUUUCGAACAGCAGGAUGAAGAAGAUGAAAUGGAGCCUGCCGAGGAGGUAGAGGAUAUUAUCCAAGGUUACGAGACUGACCGCAUUGUUGUACAACGGGUCGAUCAUGGAACUCGACGACAUGCUGAGCUUGACCAAGUAUCAUACAAACAGUUUGAGAAGCAGGAUGAGCUGGAGACGCUUGGAAACAAUAAUACACAUUAUAUUUACCGAGAAGAACAAAAUGAGGGUGAAAUUUUGGACGUAGUACCAAAGGCCAAGAAACAGCCGAGCAACACCUACGAAGUCCAGGAUGAAAACUUUGAAUAUGAUUCUGUUAACAUCGUACGGUAUGAGUCUGUCGUGACGAGAACGGCUGAAACAACCUCAAUUGUAGAGCGCUCCUCUACCCUCAGCAUUCCUGAUGGACAAACUUUCCAAAGUGUUACAGUAGAACCGUUGCUGCAAGACGUUGUCGAAGUAGCAGAAGAAGUUCAAGACGAACGCGAAGAAGAUACUGCUUUUGAGGCAACUGCUCUCGCUUCUGGAGACGCUGCACAUUUGUCUAGGAGUCCUACCAGUGCUGACGUGAUCGAUAGCCCAAUCGCGGAGCCUCAUACGAAAUUGGUAGAUUAUUCACUUCACGAGUCAAGCUUCGAGUGCACUCCUAAUCUGAAGAAAUCGGAUAGGCUUGAAGUCGCUUCUGAUGAGACCAGUCCACAACCGACACUUGAACUCGAUACUGUGAAUGACGAUGAAGUUAGUUGCGUUGGAUCAAUACAUACGAGUCAACCAUGUACUAAGUUGAAGAGCCUUAGUCCGAAGGAUUCGCCAUUACCGGAAGUGGUGGAACAGCAUGGCGUGGAGGAAAUAGAAUCUAUCCCUACUUACACUCAUUCGAGCGGAUCUCGUCUUUCUGAUGUUGAAGUUUCACAUGAAGCAAUCUCUUCACCUUCAGCUCAUUACGAUUUACCAGUUUUGGUUGAUGAUUCGGGAAGCAGCCCAAAAAGCACGUAUUCGUCUUCAGGGGCUCGAUCACCACAUCCAUCUGAGCCAGAUUCAUCUAGUGGUAUAACUGAAAGUAAGCAGCGCUCUUUCAGAAAGUCUAUGUCUCGCACAUCUGCACCAGCUACUCCUGUGAGACAGUCACAAAGAUUGCGGGAAAAAGCAGCCGAAAGUCACAAUCUUGAAGAAGAGAAGAGGGCUCACGACAUGGACUCAGAAACGCGUAAGAAAGGGAUUACGGAUAUUGUUGAACAUAGAAGAUCUCCAGCAAGAACACGUAGCUCCACAAAGGAAGCGGAAUUGGUAACACCAGAAACUCCUCCACAAUCGUCGAGAGAAGAUAAAGAGUCCGAUAACUUAUCUGUAGUUCAGACUCCUACGAGAACAUUACGAUCAAGAACACCAUCGCGAUCAAGGCAAAACGACGUUCCAACUGUUUCAACAACGAGAACUCCACGAAGAUCGCGCAGAUUAAGUGAAACUUCUACUGCAAGUGAAGCUACGAUUACAACAGGGAGUGCGAGGAAAAGCCCAAGCCGCGCUACUCGUUCCCGCAAGGUUUCUACAUCAGAGGAUGAACCUGUUACAAGCACGCGAAAAUCUCCUUCGAGGCGUACCCCUACGCGUUCUAUGUCAGCAACUAAACAAGCAAAGGAAACAGCUAAUGUGAAAACUAAAUCAUUUGGUAGAGCCGCUAAAGCCUUGCAGCAAAAAUUCGAUACUAUAAAUCCGUUAGGGGAGAUGGAUGCUCGUUCCUAUUUUGACAAUGCCAUGGCGAAGAAGUCUAUUGAACCUGGAGGAAGCAGACGUAGAACUCGAUCAGAUUCUGAAAUCCCUGACAUAAAAUCGAAAAAGUCGAAGACACUGAAUAUCGAGGAAACCAUUGAAGAGGUGGAAGAGGAGACUGCUACAGGUUCGUCCCGUCCACCCUCACGUAGAAAGGCAGCUGUUGAGCAACAACCUGAAAACACAGAGGCAGCCGCAGUUGGAGGCAAAGGAUCUACUUCACGUUCCCGACGUGCUUCGAGUGCAAGUGUGGUUGAACUUAGUCCGGCGAGGACACGGAGGACGAGCGGAUCAUCAGUUUCAUCGGUUGGUGGCACACCAUCAACGCCCAAAUCACCUAGCAGACGUGGACGACCACGUGGAAUCGAGACAAUUCCUGAAUAG